ACUGAGUCUCGGAGUUUUUUUGACGCGCUGAGGAUGUGGGCAGGAAACGCCAUGCGAGAGAGGCGAGGAGAGAAGCGAUCACGCUUCUUCCCAGCGCCGUUGCACAAUACAGUGCCGCGAUCGGAGAGAGAAAUGCGCGUGAAUCGGCCGCGCUAAAUGUCCAGGAGCGGUCAUUCUCCUCGGAUCCGUGCUCCGCGGCCGUCGUCGCAGUGCAGGCUCUAGGAGGAUCUGACCGGGGCGUGGGAUUUGACUCCGAUCCGAGCGAGAGGGGCAGCCUUCCACCCCCCCACCCCCUCCGCUUCCACCACCUCCCCAAGCCUGCUCGGUUUUGAAAACAUCGGGGCUGGUCAGCGGGUGGGAGAGAGGGAGACACACACACACACACACACACACACACACAGAGCUAGAGAGAGGAGGCUUCGUCGUGGAAAAAGGAGGUGUCUGCCUUUUCUUCUCCCCCCUCCUCCUCCACCUCCACCACCACCGCCGCGGCCGCCGCUGCUGCUGCUGCUGAGCCAUGAGGGAAUACAAAGUGGUUGUUUUGGGGUCGGGUGGAGUCGGCAAAUCCGCCCUGACGGUCCAGUUCGUGACGGGCUCCUUCAUCGAGAAGUACGACCCGACGAUAGAGGAUUUCUACAGGAAGGAGAUCGAGGUGGACUCGUCCCCGUCCGUCCUGGAGAUCCUGGACACGGCGGGGACCGAGCAGUUCGCCUCCAUGCGAGACCUGUAUAUCAAGAACGGCCAAGGCUUUAUUUUGGUCUACAGCCUGGUCAACCAGCAGAGCUUCCAGGACAUCAAGCCCAUGAGGGACCAGAUCAUACGGGUGAAGAGGUACGAGAGGGUGCCCAUGAUCCUGGUGGGAAACAAGGUGGACCUGGAGGGGGAGAGAGAGGUGUCUUCCGGGGAAGGCAAGGCGCUGGCCCAGGACUGGAACUGCCCGUUCAUGGAAACUUCAGCCAAAAAUAAAGGAUCGGUCGACGAACUGUUUGCAGAAAUAGUCAGACAGAUGAACUACUCAACUGUCCCCAGUGGUGGCGACAAGUGCUGUUCAUGUGUCCUGCUCUAAAAAAAAAAAAACAAAUAACAAGAAAAAAAAAAACUCCAUACAGAAACAGUGUAUCCGGGCUGAAUUUGAGCUUCUAACUUGUCUUGCAGGCUUUUUUUUUUUUUGCAAAAGUAUUCUCUCCUCACACUGUUGUCUUAUUGUUGCACACAAACAAAAAUCGACGACGACAACAAUCGAUUAUGUAUAAUAGUCUGGAAAAGUGUUUACAUGACAAAGUACUUGAAUGUUUUGGGAUUUUUUUUAUAGCUUUGUAUAUGACACUUCUCUGGAAAUGUGCCUCAAUGGGAAUGUCUUAUUGUGAAACCUAAGAGACACGUGUUUUCUGGUUAUUCUUUUUUUUACUUGUACGUGGGUUUUGUUUUUUUGUUUUGUUUUUUUUUUUUAAUUUGUUGAGUUAUACUGUUACAUCUUCUGGGCUGGGUCCAUCUGUCUUGGAGAUUGCUGGUUGUGGUGGUGGUGGUCUGGGGGGGUUAUUAUGCCAGGCAGAGAUGGGGACCGGUUGCUUUUAGGGCCUUUUUAGGGGUGGGGUGGGGGUGGGGGUGGGCUGAACGGAGGCCUGAAAGUAUUUUUUAAAGAAAACUUAUCAAUCACCACUCAAGCCUUGCACAGGUUUACUCAAAUCCAAUCUCAACCUUGCUCCGAAAGGUCAAGUGCGAUCCAAGAGGCGCAGACCCACCCACUGAGAUACUGUAUUUGAAGCUGUGGACUGUGGUGGAGUUGUGUAAUGCCUACAUGGGUUUCUUUGUUUGUUUGUUUGUUUGUUUUCACCCCUUCUCUUCUCUGGUCUGGUGAAAGUGGAUUUAUCGUGGAACUUGCACUUAGCUGACGGUGUCCCUCCUCAGUGUGCACAAACGAGGACCUUAGUGCAUUGCUGUCGCUGCAUGGGGGAAACGCCGUGACCCCAUGUCAAGUGCCUUCCUAAGAAAACUCCUGUGACUGUGCCAACUGAUGAGCCCUUCUUCCUCUGCAGUGCGUCUUGAUGGCAAUCAGAACUUUUUUGCAGUUUUCGGUAUACUCUCUCUCUGGUUUCGUUUUUGGUGUCAAAAAGUAAAGAAGCGCCUCCUCCCUGUUUUUACUGUCAGGAAGCUAAACUUGUAACAGACCUGCUGUUUUCAGGGUCAGAUUCAGGCCGUUUCUCGAGGUACUUAUUCCAACAAGAAUAUUUUGGUUCAGUGAAUGGCAAGCCAUGUCUGUCUGUAUUAUCUAGAUUAUUAUUAUUUUUUCUCUUCUAAAAAUGUGACAUUUUUGACUUACCGUAAUUGUAAUUCUCCCUUUGGACAAAUCUUCUGCCAUCCACCUGUCAGUUUGAAAGACUUGUAAUACAAAAUGCAUUUUACGUAA